AUUUUUUCUACAUAACAUUAUUUUGAAUGGUGAAACAAAUUGAAAAUGGUGUAGUUUUGUCAUCUACCAGCAGGGGCACAAUGCGAAGUUAAACUCCCUUAUAGGGUUUGCUGAUAUCUGAUUGGCUAUCAUAUCCUUGGAGGGAAUGCCUUCGGAGAAAAGGUGUGUGUUUGAAGGAAUUGGGGGUGGUUUUUAGCCCUAUAGCAGCUUUUUUUUUUUUUUUAAUCCAGUAGUUUAAGGCCUGAGGAGAGAUUUGUUGGCUCGUAGACCAACAUGUAGGCCUACUAGAUAAACACCAGAGGGAAUGCUGUCAUGGGAUGAUUUUCGUAUUAUGCCCAUAUGAUCUUUGCAGGCCCAAGUGUCUCAUCCUGCAGGAGUUGAAUCAGAGGGAAUCCGUGAAUUGCACGUGGCUCCCGAAGCGUCUGACCUCUGUUGCCCGACGGAAGCCGUUUCCAUGGUAACCCACCCACUCACCCGCGGUCCGUCCCGCUGCUGAUUGUGAAUUCCUGCAAGCAGGACUGAAGAGCAUGAGCGCUCAACUCGACCGUGAUUCUCCUCCUGAUCUCCGCGCGCACAAUCUCCGCUAAACCAAGAAAUAAAACACACGCACUCUCUCUCUCUCUCUUUCUCUCUCAUUCACCAGACGCUCCGUUUCCAGCGCCGGGAAUAAAGCUUCAUCCACGUUUGGACUCUUUGUCUCGCAGUUGUCCGCUUUUAUUUUAUUUGCCCCUCUCUGUGAAGGUUCAAGGUGUUUAAUAUGAUGUUCAUGUCUGUUCUGGUGCGCGCUGGCUUUGGAUUAUUCAGCGUCGCUCUGAUGGCCUUCGUCCAGCAGUCAGCCGGCGCUUCUGCCAGCAGAAACCCGCAAGCAGAUGUGGACGAGUGCGCCGAGGCCCUGGACAACUGCAGUAUGGAUGCCAUCUGUCAGAACACCCUCAAGUCAUACAAAUGCAUCUGCAAAUCAGGAUAUAAAGGCGACGGGAAGCACUGUGAAGAUAUCGAUGAGUGUGCCAGUGAAUAUAAUGGAGGAUGUGUCCACGAGUGCAUCAAUAUCCCGGGAAACUACAGAUGCACGUGUUACGACGGCUUUCGUUUGGCCCAUGAUGGACACAACUGCCUGGAUGUUGACGAGUGCGCGGAAGGAAACGGCGGAUGCCAGCAGAUCUGUGUUAACAUGAUGGGGAGCUACGAGUGUCGGUGCCGCGACGGAUUUCUUCUGUCUGACAACCAGCACACCUGCAUCCAGAGACCCAAAGUGCGUUUUAAUGGAACUAAAGACGUGCCCACCUGCAUGGAUAAAAAUCAUGGCUGUGCCCACAUUUGCAGAGAGACGCCCAAAGGAAGCAUCGCCUGUGAGUGCAGACCUGGAUUUCAGCUCACCAAGAACAGCCGUGACUGUAAAUUGACGUGUAACUAUGGUAACGGCGGCUGUCAGCACAUCUGUGAGGAGAUGGACCACGGGCCCAGAUGUUCAUGUCACAUGAAGUUUGCGCUUCACUCGGAUGGGAAGACCUGUGUAGAGGAAAGAAGUACCCCACAUCGGCCACUGCAGCCAGAGCUGUUACCCAAUGAGACGUGUGCAGUUAAUAACGGAGGCUGUGACAGCACGUGUCAUGACGCCGUGGCUGGAGUUCGCUGCAGUUGCCCGGUGGGAUUCACCCUUCAGCUGGACCGCAAGACCUGCAAAGACAUUGAUGAAUGCCGCAUGAACAACGGUGGCUGUGACCAUGUGUGCAGAAACACGGUUGGCAGCUUCGAAUGCAGCUGCAAGAAAGGAUACAAACUUCUGACCAACGAGAGGACGUGCCAAGAUAUAGACGAGUGUUCUUUCGACCGGGCGUGUGACCACACAUGUGUGAACUCACCUGGAAGUUUCCAGUGCUACUGCCACAAAGGUCACGUCCUCUACGGUGUGGCUCACUGUGGAGAUAUUGAUGAGUGCAGCAUUAAUCGGGGCGGCUGUAAAUUCGGGUGUGUGAACACUCUGGGCAGUUACGAGUGUACCUGCCCUCCUGGUUACAAACUGCACUGGAACAAGAAGGAUUGCAUUGAGACUGUGAAGUGUACGUCCAGUCUGGUGGCCCCCAAAGCCACCCUUACCUGCAGUAAGACGGGGAAGAAAGAGAGCUGCUCUCUCACUUGUGCAUCCAAAGCACAUUACCUAUCAGAAUCAGACAACAGCUAUUCUGUCAGCUGUGGAAUUCCCAUCCUACGAGGUAAAUCUCAGAGCAGAUUAAACGCAAGCAGCAUCCAAAGCUGCAUAGAGACUCAGGCUCCUCCAGUGAAGCAGACGGUGUCCUUCCGGAUCAAGAACGCCAAAUGCUACCUGCACCCAAAGCAUAAAGGGAGGGCAGAGGACAACGGCAGACAGAUCGGGCCAGGUGGCCAACCGUGCAACAACUGCCUGGUCACGUUCGUUAACCUGAAGUGCGACUCGUCUAAGAAGGCCAAAGGUCGUCGAGCACGUAACCCAUCAAGCAAAGAGGUGACGCGCAUCACUCUGGAGCUGGAGGCUGAGGUCAAGCCAGGAGACGCCACCGGGAACUGUAACAUAAUGUGUCAAAGGCAGCGCAUGGAGCAGCAGAUGAAGUCAUACAUUAAAGCCCUGAAAAAAUCCAUUAACCAGGAGCGCUUCCUCAUCCGUGUGGCUGGGUUGGAGUACGAGGUGGCACAGAAGCUCCCACAAGCUGCACUGAGGCAGGAGAACUGUGGACCGGGCCGAGAAAAAGACAGCGGCCGCUGUGUCAGAUGUCUGCCUGGGUCAUACUACCACGGUGAGCAGGAACGCUGUGUCCAGUGUCCGCCUGGAACAUUUCAGGAACGUGAAGGUCAGCUGGCCUGUGACCUUUGUCCUGGAGGAGACCGCCAUGGCCCACUAGGGGCCCGCAACAUCUCCUCAUGUGCAGGUCAAUGUCCGCCAGGUUAUUUCUCCAGCGACGGGUUCAAGCCCUGUCAGCCGUGCCCUCUGGGAGCAUACCAACCCGACCCAGGACGAACUCUCUGUUUCCCCUGUGGAGGUGGGCUCGGUACCAAAAAAGAGGGGGCCAGCUCCUUUAAUGACUGCGAGGUCAAAGUGUUGUGUUCUCCAGGUCACUAUUAUAACACCUCAGUUCAUCGUUGCAUCCGCUGUCCUCAUGGAACCUACCAGGCUGAGUUCAGACAAAACUACUGCAUCUCCUGUCCAGGAAACACCACCACAGACUUCGACGGGGCCAUCAGUGUGUCUCAAUGCAAGAAUCGGGAAUGUGGGGGUGAAAUAGGCGAGUUCAUCGGAUACAUCGAGUCUCCCAACUAUCCAGGAAACUACCCGGCCAACGUAGAGUGUAUCUGGACGAUCAACCCUCCACACAAACGCAAGAUUCUGAUCGUUGUUCCGGAGAUCUUCCUCCCAUCUGAGGACGAGUGCGGAGAUGUCCUAGUAAUGAGGAAGAAUGGCUCAGCGACGUCUAUCACCACUUAUGAAACAUGUCAGACGUAUGAGAGACCGAUUGCUUUUACCUCCCGGUCACGCCGCCUCUGGAUCAACUUCAAAUCCAAUGAUGUGAACAGUGCUCGCGGAUUCCAGAUUCCAUACGUCACUUACGAUGAAGACUAUGAGCAGCUGGUUGAAGACAUUGUAAGAGAUGGAAGACUUUAUGCCUCUGAAAACCAUCAAGAAAUACUCAAGGACAAAAAACUGAUUAAAACUCUGUUCGAUGUGCUGGCUCACCCAAACAAUUACUACAAGUACUCAACUCGGGACUCCACAGAGAUGCUCCCGCGUUCAUUCAUACGCCUCAUCCACAGCAAAGUCUCCGCCUUCCUGCGUCCGUACAAAUAGUCCAAAAGCUCUGUCCAUCUCCAGUCACCUGGCCUCGAGUCAACGGGAUCCUACACACAUUUAAAGGAAAUACACACACAUUUUCAAUGGUACACACACACACACACAAUCACACUAUGCAGAUGUUUCAAUUUACCUUUUUCUUUUUCUUAUCAGUCAUCUCCGAGGGGGAAAAAAAGCUUCUGUGUAGUCUACAUGUAAUGCAGUCGUAUCAAGCCAAACUGAAGUGUUUCCUUUCUCUACAUUCUGUGCUGUGUCUAUGUUUUUUGUUUGGUCAGUCCUGAGGUUUGGUGAGCCGUUAAGAGUGGCGUGUGAGUUUAAACACGCCUGACUGUGUUGUACAGACAAAAGUAAGUUGUAGCAUGUCAAAGAAAAGAAAAUCUAUUUGUCGAACUGGAGCUAGCUGUGAUCGUGCUUAAAAAAAAAUAGGCUUUUUUCUCAAGUUCCAGCUCUCGUAAACUCGUAGUUCUCAAAAUAAAUGUACAAUCUUUUGUAUAUCUGUACUUUUAGUGUGCUCUUGGUAAGAUCUAAUUCAUAUCCAGCAUUUCACAGUGUUAAAGCAUUUUAUAUGAGCUCCUAGAGCAUACAUGUAAUCUAUAAAUCAUGCUGUUAAUACAGUAAUGUUUUAUUAAGGUCUGCCUGUUCGGAUUGUAUUAUUGUCAACCGCAUAGUUUCAUAAUAUUCAAAUUAAUUUAACAAGGCAUAAGAGAUAUGUGGGUUAUUGGAAAGGCUGGGUGAUGAAAAGGUUGGUUGGUAUUGUAAAAACAGUGGACUGUUAACACUCAGUUCUGUGAGGUUUUUUUUUUGUUUGUUUUUUUUGGCAGAACAUGUAAUUGCUGCUUCUUCAGAAACGUCACUUUAAGCCUUUGGUUUUUACCUAAUGCGAUUCAAAAAAAUUCCCUAUAGAGAAGAGCAGUCAAGAGGAAGAGUCUUUCACAGGUUGGAAGUAAUGUUUUCAUAAUGCAGACACGAAUCACUGAUAAACGUAAACCACCGGUUGACGUGGAUGGACUUGAGUAAAAAAAAUGGCAUCGCUCCAGAUUUCAGAAUGAAACGACGUUGAAGUGA